AUGACUUCCCCAGAGCUAGAAGCCUUUGCCAAGGCAGUAUCGAGGGUUUUGGGCUGGGCCUAUUUCCUCUGCUGGUCUGCGAGCUUUUACCCGCAGCCCAUAUCGAACUAUGCGCGCAAAUCGACGCUCGGCCUUGCCAUUGACUUCCCCACACUCAACGUCCUCGGCUUCUGCAUGUACACCAUUUCUACUGCCUCGUUCCUCUACUCGCCUGCCAUACAAGCGCAGUACGCGCAUCGACACCCUGAAGCGCCAGAGACGACUGUGCGCUUCAACGACUUUUUGUUCGCAGCGCACGGCGCGCUCAUGUGCAUCAUCUGCUACAGCCAAUUCUUCCCCAAGAUUUGGGGAUUUCACGUCGGGAAGACCCAACGGGCUAGCAAAGCCGUGUUGGGUAUAUUCUGGGGCUGCGUGGUAGCUAUCGUCUGGACCAUACUCUUGGUAGGGUGGAGAGGGCGGGACGGCGGAUACGACGCAGAUGCUUGGGCGUGGAUCGACGUGAUCUACGUGCUUGGAUACGUCAAGCUCAUCACUGUGAUAUGCAAGUACAUUCCGCAAAUGUGGGUAAACUACAAGCGCAAAUCAACCGUGGGAUGGAGCAUUUAUCCUAUGCUGAUGGAUUUCGCUGGAGGGUGGCUCUCGCUGGCUCAGUUGGGUAUCGACUCUUCUCUGCAACGUGACUGGACGGGUGUGACUGGAAACCCGGUCAAGUUUGGGCUCUCCAACAUCACCAUCCUCUUUGACAUGGUCUUCAUGCUGCAACACUAUGUGCUAUAUCGCGGCUCAGAUGAGCUUCUAGACGACGAGGAGCUCGAACCGUCACGGGAUGUAGAGCGCGAAAGACUGAUAUCUGAGCGGGACAGCUAG